AUGACGGCUCCAGAUAUCAAUGACCUCCCCACCAAAUCUCAGCAACCUGCAAAGGAAAAAGUUUCUUUAGAUGAAAGUUCUAGCGUUCUUUCAGGAUGCAGGAACUUACGAAAGAAACUCAAGAGCGACCACAAGAAAAUUAUACAAGAGAGACGUCGUUUGUUGACAGGCUCCACCAAACCAAGGGUCCGAGCGCGGUCCAGUUACUUAGACUUACUGGAACAACGGCAAGAGUUUCGGAAAGCUCUUGUUAAUCUCCUCCACAAAGACGAAGCAAAAACUCCGGAAGGUAAAGCGAAGCUUGAGAUUCGCUACCAUUACUUUGUGAGCCGAGGCUUGUCCAUGAAAACUUGUCCUCUGCAGCAGCAGUGGAUAUCUCGGAUAUUAUCUCUCGUACCCAAGCGACUGAGAGCUAAGUGUGGGACGAACAACGCGUUGUUGGUGCAGCUGCAGAAGGAGUACGAGCUAAAGAUGAGGAGUGUAGCUGUAGACUUUGUCCUCAAUUCAGGGAAGCCCCGAACUAAAGAGGACGAUUACAAGCAGAAGAAAAACUCUCGCUGCAAACUGGUGAGUUUUGGGACAAGUUCAUCCUUCAUCAGACGAAACCUGCACCUUCUAAACUCGUGCAUUGCAAGCACAUUGUCGCUCUGGCACCGAGAAUACAGCAACUUCCGACUGGUGCGGAUAGACAACAUUCGCCGGUCUGGCAGCGCUGCUAAAAGUAAACGAAAAAGUUCAGGAUGGAAAGCCAGAAGCGUCGACAGUGUAGCGCUGGAAGAGUUUGUGGCGGCCAUCGCUUCUCAGUUCCACGAAGGACAGCUCACGCUGGAGGAAUGGUUCACCAAAGUACAGACUAUCUUCUACAAGGGUUUCCACGAUGGCAAGAUGCCUGGGUUUUCUCAACCAGCUCGCCUGUCUUGCGUGUGCGAAGCCGCGGUGACUGUGAUGACUCACUGCCUGCGCUCCCUCUGUGUACUCUCACUCUCCAGCUUCACCGCCGCCAUAUGUGGCCAGCAACCAGACCUGAGGGACGGUUCAUGCGACGCCCUAUGGAGCCCCAAACCAAAAGAAUUACCGGAAGCAAUCGAAGGAGAUUGUCACAGUGACUUAAGAGACAAGGAUACCAUGAAUGACAUCUUUGAAAAAGAAGAGGAGUGCGGCCCGACGUCUGCGAUGUGUCAGAAUCCCAACAAGCCUCUACGGCUUAAACUGAAUCUCAUUUUGAACGAGAAGGAGAUUGAGUUUCGCCCAAGUUUCGAAGAGAUUGAGGAAGAAAUGCUAGGCGUGUUCCACAAAAUCUUGGCGAUGUGCAGUUCUCUGCCGCGCCUCGAAUGCCAACUUUUUGCUGAAUGGGACGGAGUAGACGGCAAAAUGCAGCCAAUAGUUCACGAGAGCGUGGUGGAGAGGCUGCGAGCUCAGGUGCAGAAGGAGGUGCGUGCCAGUAGUGUCCUGCCUCGACGCUUCGCUCUACACUUUGAUAAAUACAAGACCAUCAUCACUGGUGAGGCUGAAGAGGAAGUGACGAGAUUCAAGUCUGAGGACACUGACUUCGACAGCUACACGAAAAAAGUAGCGCAGCUCUCCGACCUCAAAGUCGAUAUCCUCACCAGCUCCAGGAAGCCUCUCAUUAUUUUAAGACAGGUAGUGGAGUUGGGCUGCUACACCGUACACUGCGAGGGACUCAUCGACUCGCUCGUGUGUAGGGUAGCGAGUCUGAAGCGUGACCUGCUGGCGCACUUGUACUCCCGACACUCGCAAACGGCCAAUAGUUUGAACUGCGAGCUUCAAAGCAUCACCGAGCGCGCCCUGAGCACGCCGGGGGACACUCUGGAGCUGAUGUCGCACAAACUCUACAUGGAGGAUGUCAUGGAGAACCAGAGGGCCGUGCUGGAGCACAGGGUCUGGAGUCUCCAUAAGCAGCUCCAGUUCCUCACAGAAAACAUGUCCUUGAGCUCAGAAGAGUGCGAAGAGUCUAUCAGGCCCUUAGUGUGCUUCAUCAGGCUUCCCGAGGUCUUCCGUCUGCAUCUCCAAAUCAUCACUGAGAAGAGAACAGAAUAUGAAGCUCAUCUAAAGGAGCGCAGAGAGCGCUUCCAGGAAGAGCUCGCAGAGUACGCCCGGCUGUUGGAGGAGUUCCAGGAGUUUGGUGACGUGGCCGAGCUGCACGAGUACCAGAAGAAGGCCAAGUCCCUCGAGGCCAAGUUGGAUGAUGCCGCUCAGUACACGGACCACAUCAACAGGGAGGAGGAGGCGUUCGGCUGGAAUACCACCUUGUACCCCCUCAGGAAGCAGGUGGCGGAUAAACUUUCCCCGUUCCUUAAACUUUACGAGACGGGAGUGUCGUGGUGGGAGAGGCUGGAGUUGUGGCUCAACUCCCAAGUGGGCACUCACGAUCCUGACGCCAUCGCGCAGGACGUAGCAGCCACCUGGCGCAACGUUUACAAACUCGAAAAAGUCUUCGCUGAAGUGCCAGCCGCUAAAACUCUCGUCGUCGCUGUCCGUCAGCGCAUCGAACAGUUUCGUGAGCACCUGCCACUAGUGCUCACGCUCGGCAACCCUGGACUGAAGGAGCGACACUGGGAGAAAAUCUCAGAGGUUGUUGGCUACCCGCUACGAUCCGACCCCUCCACGACUCUUCAGCGCAUAAUUGACAGCAAUCUAGAGGAAUAUCUAUCAAAAUUCGAGACAGUGUCUGAGGCGGCUUCCAAGGAGCAUGUGUUUGAACGCAACCUGGAGAAGAUGAAGGGGAUGUGGCAAGACAUGGAGUUAGGCCUGAAGCCCCACCGUGACACGGACACGUGGGUGCUCAUGGCUGUCGAGGACAUCCAGCUGCUGCUCGACGACCACAUCGUCAAGACCCAGUCCAUGAGGUCAUCGCCGUUCAUCAAGCCCAUCGAAUACGAAGUCGGUUCUUGGGAGACGACGCUUUCGCAGCUGCAGGAGGUGCUGGACGAGUGGCUGAGGGUGCAGGCGACCUGGAUGUACCUCGAACCAAUUUUCGGUUCGCCAGACAUCAUGGCGCAAAUGCCUGAAGAAGGACGCAGGUUCAACACAGUAGACAAGACCUGGAAGGACAUCAUGAAGAGCGUGCACCACAACACCAAAGUGCUCGCCGUGUUGGAGGUCGACAAGAUCCUCGAGCGCCUGAGGAAGUCUUCUGAACUGCUGGAACUCAUCCAAAGAGGGCUUAAUGAGUACCUUGAAAAAAAGAGACUCUACUUCCCGCGAUUUUUCUUUCUCUCAAAUGAAGAACUUCUUGAAAUUCUCAGCGAAACUAAAGAUCCAAGCAGGGUUCAGCCGCACCUGAAGAAGUGUUUUGAAGGCGUCAACUCGCUGGAGUUUAACGGCGAGUUUGACGUGACCGCCGUGCAGUCAAGUGAGGGCGAAGCCAUCUCUCUGUGCCAGGCUAUCAGCACAUCCAGCGCUAGAGGACAGGUCGAGAAGUGGCUGGUCGAGCUCGAGACGAGCGUCAAGGAGAGCAUCAAGAUGGUGGUUCAGAGUUGUCUGGAGGCGUACCCAGGCAAGGACCGCGAGCGCUGGGCUCUCCAGUGGCCCGGCCAAGCCAUCCUCUGCGUCUCCCAGACCUACUGGACCACGCAGGUGUCCGAGGCCAUGAGCUGUGAUGAAAUGUUGAAAGUGCGUAUGAUCAACGCUGAGCUGGCGUACGGCUACGAAUAUCUCGGCAACACAGGACGUCUGGUCAUCACAGCUCUCACCGACAGGUGCUACCGGACGCUUACACAAGCACUAAACCUGCAUCUCGGUGGAGCGCCUGAGGGACCUGCUGGCACCGGUAAAACUGAGACAUCGAAGGAUCUGGCCAAAGCCGUGGCGAAACAGUGCGUCGUCUUCAACUGCUCCGAUGGCCUCGACUACAUUUCUCUUGCCAAGUUCUUCAAAGGACUCGCUUCCUGCGGAGCGUGGACAUGCUUUGAUGAGUUCAACAGAAUUGAACUCGAGGUUCUGUCCGUAGUUGCUCAACAGAUCUUGAGCUUACAGCGAGCAAUCCAAUCUGCCAUGCCAACCCUCGUUCUGCACGGCACUGAGGUAAAACUAGACCCAACGUGCGCAAUCUUUAUUACCAUGAAUCCUGGAUACGCGGGACGCUCUGAACUUCCUGAUAACUUGAAGGCGCUGUUCCGCUCAGUCGCGAUGAUGGUGCCGGAUUACGGUCUCAUCGCCGAAAUUUCCUUGUACGCGUUCGGCUUCGUCGACGCCCGCGCGAUGGCUCGUAAAAUCACUGCCACGUACCGCCUCUGCUCCGAACAGCUUUCUGCCCAGCCUCACUACGACUACGGCAUGCGCACGGUGAAGGCUGUGUUGAUGGCAGCGGGCUCCCUCAAGCUCCGCUACCCUGAUACUCAGGAGGCCGUUCUCGUCCUCAGGUCGAUAAAGGAUGUUAAUCAACCGAAGUUCUUAGCCCACGACUUGCCACUUUUUGAGGGCAUCAUCAGAGAUUUGUUCCGGGACGUGGUGCUGCCUGAGCCUGACUACAGCGGCUUGCAUCUCGCCAUCAAAGAGUCGUGCGCCGAGAUGGGUUUGCGAACGAACGAUUAUUUCGUGGGUAAGAUCCAGCAAAUCUACGAGACGAUGAAGGUCCGUCACGGCUUCAUGGUCGUGGGCAACCCAAUCGGCGGCAAGUCCUGUGGACUUCGAGUCCUCGCCAGGGCCCUGGCUGCCAUGAAUGAUCGGGGCGAGGAAGAAGAGAAGGUGCAGAUGGCUGUGAUCAACCCUAAGUCGGUGACGCUGGGGCAGCUGUACGGACAGUUCGACCCCGUCUCGCACGAGUGGACUGAUGGCGUCCUCGCAGUUCUCUUCAGGAAAUACGCCAUGUCAGCGUCUCCUGACAGAAAAUGGCUUGUGCUAGACGGUCCAGUGGACAGCGUCUGGAUUGAGAACAUUAACUCUGUUCUAGACGACAACAAGAAGCUUUGCCUCAUGUCAGGCGAGAUCAUCUGCCUCUCUGCCUCAACCAACAUCGUCUUUGAAGUCGGCCACUUAGAGAACGCCUCACCAGCAACGGUAUCCCGCUGCGGCAUGGUGUAUAUGGAGCCCAUGGCGUUGGGGUGGAAGCCUCUAGUGGAGUCGUGGCUUUCUAACCUUCCUCAAACGCUCACUCGUACGCAUAAAGCCGUCUUGACUGCCUUGUUCCACCGUUUUGUGCCGCCCUUGCUGGCUUUUGUGCGACGACAUCUGCCCUGGUUUAAGCUGGAGCGAAGUGAAUCUUAUAUCCAGAAGGACGUCUCGCCUACAACUGAUCUGAAUCUGGUACGGUCUCUCAUGAAUCUCUUUGACUGCUUCAAAGGAGAGUUCGAAGAUCCCGCGUACACCAAACACCAUCCCGAGACGGACAUCAGGGCACACCUCGAGAGCAUCUUCCUGUUCUCGGCGAUCUGGUCGCUCGGCGGGCCGCUCAACGAGGCCCACCGAGCGCAGUUCGACGUCCUCGUCAGGGAGCUCUUCCGUGGACCGCCGUCUGACGAGGCCACGAGAAAGUACGGCCUGGCUGCGGUGCCCGCACCUCCGCACGACUACCAGCUCCCCAUCCCCGACGACGGCUCUGUGUUCGACUACAAAUUUGUCAAGGAGGGCCGCGGCUUCUGGCAGAAGUGGAGCGAGGACCUGGCGAACGCCUCGUCCAUCCCCCGCGACGUCGCCCCCCACCAGAUCCUCGUGCCCACCGUCGAGACCGUGCGCAUCAUGGCGCUGCUCGACCUCCUCGUCACCAAGUCCUCCGUGCCACUGCUGCUUGUGGGGCCUCCCGCCACUGGGAAGACCACAUACAUCAUGGAUUUCCUGAUGACGCGUCUCAAGAGCGAGUCCUACAAGCCUCUGCAGCUGAGCUUCUCGGCUCACUCGACCACAACACACGUACAGGAGCUCGUUAUGGCCGCGCUUGAUAAGAGGAAGAAAGGCGUGUUUGGUCCUCCCAUCGGCAAGAAGUGCGUGAUGUUUGUGGACGACUUAAGUCUUCCUCAAGCCGACCCUCACGGCGCGUUCCCUCCACUUGAGUUGCUGCGGCAGAUGCUGGACCACGCCACCUGGUACGACGUCAAGAAGGAAGUCAACACGCUACACCUCGAAGACAUUCAGUUGGUGUCGGCCAUGACUAUCCGAGAGAGUGCCAAACUUGGUGUUCCUCCACGCCUCCUGCGGCACUUCAACGUCAUCUCCAUCAGCGAGUUCAGUGACCACAGCAUCAGGACCAUUUUUACCAAGAUCCUGUUGUGGCACCUGGACACUCGCGGGUUCAGCAAAAUGUUCGACCCGUGCAUCGAGGAAAUGGUAUCAGGGACCCUGGCCGUGUACCGUGCUGCCGCUGCCCAUCUUCUUCCAACGCCUUCACGGUCGCACUAUAUCUUCAACCUGCGAGACUACUACCGCGUCAUACAGGGCGUGUUGCUGUCAGUUCCGGAGACGAUGGAAGAAGUGUCGUGCAUGAAGACCCUCUGGGUACACGAGGUGACGCGCGUCUUCUGCGACCGCCUCGUGGACUCCACUGACCGUCAGUGGCUGCUGGGCACUGUGGCUACCGUUUGCUCAGAGCACCUCCAUCAGGACUUCCAUCAGCUCCUGCAACACCUCGAUCAGAAUAACGAUGGAAUCGUCUCGGAAGACGACAUGAGGAGUUUGCUUUACUGCGAUUUUGCUGAUCCCAAGUGCGAGACGCGGCAGUACGUUCCUGUAACAGAUCUGGAGGCGCUGAGAGGCGUCGUCGAGGGCUACCUUUCAGAAUUCAACAACAUGAGCAAGAAGCCCAUGAGCCUCGUCAUGUUCAAGUUUGCCCUGGAGCACCUGGGGCGCGUAAGUCGCGUGCUGCGCCAGAGUCGCGGCCACGCGCUGCUUGCGGGCGUCGGCGGCAGCGGCCGCCACUCUCUGACGCGUCUCGCUGCUCACAUCGCUGACUACGAACUCGUCGAGAUUGAGAUGAGCCGCACGUACGGCCUCACCGAGUGGCGGGAGGACCUCAAGCUGCUGGUGAAGAAGGCGGGCUUCGGGGAGCAGCCUGUGGUGUUCCUCUUCAGCGACACUCAGAUCAAGCAGGAGGUAUUUUUAGAAGGAGUUUGCAGCCUGUUGAGCAGCGGAGAAGUUCCAGGACUCUUCCCGUCCGAUGAGAAGCACACAAUCUGCGACAAAAUGAGGAACGUCGACAGACAGAGAGACAAAAGCAAGCAGACGGACGGCAGCACGACGGCUCUGUGGCAGCUGUUCGUGGAGCGCGUACGCGAGCAGCUGCACGUCGUCAUCGCCAUGAGCCCCUGCGGCGACACCUUCAGGAACCGCCUGCGUCGCUUCCCCGCCCUCCUCUCCUGCUGCACCAUCGACUGGUUCCAGCCGUGGCCGGAGGACGCCCUACAGGCGGUGGCAGUACGGCUGCUGAAGGAGGUCGAGCUUCCCGACGACACGCGCGACGGGUGCGUGGCGCUCUGCCAGCUCUUCCACACCUCCACCCAGACGCUGUCCCAGAGAUAUUUUGAGGAGUUGGGCCGCUACAACUACGUCACUCCGACAUCAUACCUGCAACUCCUGCACACCUACAUGGUCAUCUUGCAGAAAAAAAGAGAGGAAGUGAAGUGCCAGGAGAGCCGCUACACGACGGGGCUGGAGCGCCUGGAAGAGGCUGCGUCGUCGGUGGGGGCGAUGCAGCAAGAGCUUAUCAACCUGCAGCCCAUCCUGCUCACCAAGACGCGCGAGGUCGAGGAAAAGAUGGCCAUGGUUGAGAAACGGCGUGGGGAAGUGGCCGAGGUCGAGCGUGUUGUGCGACAAGACGAAGAAGUUGCCAACCAAGCGGCCGGAGAGGCCAACAACAUCAGGCUGGAAUGCGAGGCUGAACUCAACCUGGCGCUGCCGCUGCUGGAGGAUGCCACGGCUGCCCUCAACACCAUCAAGCAGGACGACAUCGUCUUCAUCAAAGCCAUGAAAAAUCCUCCCUCAGGCGUUAAGCUCGUCAUGGAAGCCAUUUGUGUCUUGCUGGGAGAAAAGCCUGAUCGCAUCCCUGAUCCACUGGGUACAGGCAAGAUGGUGGAGGACUACUGGUCUGUCAGCAAGAGGCUGCUCGGAGAUAUCAAGUUCAAGGAAAAUUUACUAAAUUUCGACAAGGAAAACAUUUCGCCGAAAGCUAUCCAAGUGAUCCGUUCUAAGUACCGAGACAACGACGAGUUCAAGCCAGAAAAAAUUAAAGUCGCUUCCAAGGCAUCUGAAAGUCUGUGCAAGUGGGUUCUUGCUAUGGAGCGCUUCGAAGAAGUGGACCGCAAAGUCGCACCCAAGCGAGAGGCGCUGCGCAAGGCAGACAAGGACUACCAGAGCCUCAUGGCAGAGCUGCGCAAGAAGCAGGAAGCUCUGCGAGGAGUGCAGGAGGAGCUGGCUGGACUGCAGGCCGAGCUCGACACCGUCAAGAAGGAGAAGACGGAGCUCGAGCAGACAGUGGAGUUGUGCAAUAUCAAGAAAGAGCGCGCGGAACAGCUGCUGUCGGCUCUCGGAGGAGAGAGGAGUCGCUGGACGGAAAACGCUCGUCAACUCGCGGAGAUCUACAUCAAACUCACUGGGGAUGUGUUGCUGGCUUCCGGCAGCAUCGCCUACCUAGGUGCCUUCACCCCCGAGUUCCGCACCUGCCAGACCGCCUCUUGGGUCACCGCCUGCAGGAGCCGUCAAGUGCCUUGCUCCUCCACCUUCGACCUUGCCUCCAUCCUGGGCGACCCGCUCACCAUAAGGGACUGGACUCUCAACGGCCUGCCGACCGACGCGUUCAGCAUCGAUAACGGCGUUAUCAUCAGCAACACAACACGGUGGCCGCUUCUCAUUGACCCGCAAGGCCAAGCCAACAAAUGGAUCAGAAACAUGGAGAAGGACAACAGCCUUCAAGUGCUGAAGCUGUCAGACCCUGACUUCAUCAGGACACUCGAGAACUGCGUCCAGUUCGGGCAGCCAGUGCUACUCGAGAACGUAGGCGAGGAGCUGGAUCCCAUCCUCGAGCCGCUGCUGCUGAAGCAGACGUUCAAGCAGAGCGGCUCCACGUGCAUCAAGCUCGGCGACGCCACCAUUGAAUACUCGCCUGAAUUCCGGAUGUACCUGACCACGAAGCUGAGCAACCCGAACUAUGUACCUGAGGUCUCGGUGAAGGUUACCCUCGUCAAUUUCGCCCUCACGGCCGCGGGGCUGGAGGACCAACUUCUGGCCCUCGUCGUCGCGCAUGAGAAGCCUGAGCUCGAGGAGGAGAGGGUCACACUCAUGCUUCAGACGGCAGCCAAUAAAAAGUCCGUCUGCUUGACCAUCAUCGUCCUGAGUGACGCAAAGCGCCUCGUCACUGAGACGCAAGACAAGCAAGCCGUCGCCGACGAAACAGAGAAGAAGAUCAACGUAACCCGACAAGGAUACCGCAGCAUCGCGGAGCACGCGUCAAUCCUAUUCUUCACCCUACGCGACCUGUCAACCCUGGACCCAAUGUACCAAUUCGCGCUGUCUUGGUUCGUCAACCUCUUCUCUAACUCCAUCGACAACUCGGAGCGUUCCUCGCACUUGGAGGGGAGACUGCUGGCCCUCACAACCCACUUCACCCUCAGUCUUUACCGCUGCGUCUGCAUGGGACUCUUUGAAAAAGACAAGCUCGUCUUUUCGUUCCUGAUGAGCGUGAACCUGGAGCGCGCUAAGGGCCGCGUGAGUGAGCAGGAGUGGCUGUUCCUGGUGACGGGGGGCGCCGCCAUGACAGGGGGCGACGCUCCCAACCCUGCCCCACAGUGGCUGCACAACAGCGCAUGGAAGCAGUUCCAGUCGCUGGCCACACUACCUGCCUUCAAGAACGUAGUCGAAGAUUUCCCCUCGAACGAGGAAGCCUGGCGGGUGGUGGGAGAAUCGUCCACUCCCCACAGGGAAGCGUUACCUGAGCCCCCCGAAGCGCACCUAACACGCCUGCAGAAGCUGUGCGUCCUGCGCACGCUGCGCCCCGACAAGAUGGUAGCCACCGUACUCGACUAUGUUGCUGAUGUACUCGGCAAGACGUACAUCGAGCCCCCACCUUUCGACCUCGGCCGAGCCUUCGUGGACUCCAGCUGCACCAUUCCCCUCAUCUUCCUGCUCACCCCAGGCGCCGACCCCACCAGCCUUAUCCUCAAGUUUGCAGAAGACCAGGGUAUGGGGGGCGAGCGUCUACAAGGAGUUUCCCUUGGACAGGGCCAAGGCCCCUUCGCUGCUCGCCUCAUAGAAGAGGGCGUGAGGCUCGGCACGUGGGUGCUGCUGCAGAACUGUCACCUCGCCAAGUCCUUCAUGCCCGCACUCGAAAAAUUGUGCGACGAUCUAAACCCAGAAACAACGCAUCCGGACUUUCGGUUGUGGCUCACGAGUUAUCCAGCUGCCCAUUUCCCGGUGUCGGUGCUGCAGAACGGGAUCAAAAUGGUCACUGAGCCUCCGGAGGGACUUAAGGCCAACCUUAAGAGGCUUUACCUGUCCGACCCGCUCUGUGACCAAGAAUUCUUCAGUGGAAGCGGAACAGAUUCCGACUUUCGACGCCUGGUGUUCUCCCUGUGCUUCUUCCAUGCCGUGGUUCAAGAACGACGGCUCUUUGGUCCGCUGGGCUGGAACAUCCCUUACUCCUUCUCCGACACCGACCUGCGCAUAUCUGCUCAGCAACUCAGGAAUCUUAUUGCUGCUUAUUCUGGCGUUCCAUGGCAAGCUCUUCAGUACUUGACGGCGGAAUGCAACUACGGAGGGAAGGUUACGGAUGAGAGAGACCGACGAACUCUCGCCAUGUUGCUGCAGAGGUUCUGCUGCCCUAAAGUGCUGCUUAGCACCGACUACUACUUCGAUGAUCAAGGGGCAUACCGCGUACCCUCUGACGGUGACUACGACGAUUACCUGCGCCACAUUGACGGGUUGCCUCGUGACGCGCCGCCCGACGUCUUCGGUAUGAACACCAACGCCAGCAUCGCAAAGGACCAAAACGAAACCUGCAAACUAUUCGCCGCCGUCCUCGUCACCCAGUCGUCAUCGUUGUCGGCGGGAGCGGAGAGCUCGGGUGGAGGUGAGAGUGAGGUGCUCUCGAAGACAUGCAGUGACAUCAUCAAGCGACUGCCAGCGCUGUUCAACAUCGACGCCGCUCUUGUGAAGUUCCCGCCCCGUCACGAGCAGAGCCUCAACACGGUGCUUGUCCAGGAGAUGUGCCGCUACAACAACCUCCUCGAUAUCAUCGUAUCUAGUCUGGACUCGGUCACAAAGGCUCUUGCUGGAAGUGAGAGCUUAACCGAAGAAACCGAAGAGGUCCUGAGAAGCAUCCGUACAGGUCGGGUGCCGCAGCUGUGGCUGGCCAAGUCUUAUCCCACGCUAAAAAGUCUUGGCUUCUACAUUGAAGAUUUGUGUGAGAGGCUCAGUUUCUUACAGAGUUGGUUCACUGACGGCAUGCCAAGAGUGUUCUGGCUGUCAGGAUUUUUCUUCACUCAAUCCUUCCUGACUGCGGUGCUGCAGAACCACGCCCGCACCCAUGGCGUCUCGAUAGACCAGCUCGAGUUCAGCUUCACUAUUCUGAAGGAGGCCCCGCAGGCGGACGUGUCAACAGGCGCCGUUAUUAAUGGACUCUUCCUGGAGGGCGCCCGCUGGUGCCCUGAGCUGCAGCGUCUUGAAGAGGCGCUGCCCAGGAAGCUGCACGACACCUUGCCCCCCGUUUGGCUGCAGCCCGUCGAGCGCGCCAGCACCAGCACCUCAGCUACGUACUCGUGUCCCGUGUACAAGACCAGCGGGCGGCGUGGCGAGCUCACCACCACCGGUCACUCUACCAACUACAUCCUGAGUGUAGACCUUCCCACCGUUUGGCUGCAGCCCGUCGAGCGCGCCAGCACCAGCACCUCAGCUACGUACUCUUGUCCCGUGUACAAGACCAGCGGGCGGCGUGGCGAGCUCACCACCACCGGUCACUCUACCAACUACAUCCUGAGUGUAGACCUUCCCACCGCCCUCCCACCCGAGCACUGGGUGCUGCGGGGUGUUGCUUUACUUUGCUCCCUUGCAGACUAGCUGUCACUAAUACUGACUGCGAAAAAUUAACUUUAAAUAAAUAACAAUUGAUGACUGCGAGGCUAACUGAUCCGCUGUCUGAAUGUGUGCUCUCUUUUGAUUUACAAUGUCUCAAUAUAAAAUUAUUAUUAUAUAAAGGACUGCAGGAACUAUAUUUAAAACAAGCGUAGGCAACUGCCUAUAUAUUCUCAUACUAAUUGACAAAUUAAAAAAUGAUUAAAAUGAUUACAAUGAUUUUAAUACUUUCACUAAAUUAACUGAGUUGUUUCAAACGUUAUGCGCUGCUUUAACAACUACUUUACUUUCAUUUGCCUCUAUACUUUAAUCUCUUCAAUGUAACCUUUAAAUUACUUUUCGGUUUAGUUUGUCAGUAUAAUUAGGUUCUCUUUCCCUAUUCCCUCUCCGCUGCUAUGCUUAUGUAUGUAUUUAUCUUCAUGGUUUGUUCCCAUUGUUCCUUAGCGUCUUUGGCGCGUGUGUGGUUGGGACCUCGUCGAUCACGAUGGUCUCUCGACUGAGAGUUUACGAUAGAGAAAAAGAAGGUCGGGCUAAUGGCUUUGCAUGGAAAAAAUUUUUGCAGCGAGAGAAAUGUCUAAAAAAUUAUUUACAACGUAAUUCAUCAGGAAAUUAGUUUUGUUCGCGAGCAAGAAGGAUAAUGAAUUACCAUCUCGUUGUGAUGAAUGAUCAUCUGCAAUGGCUCCCGCAAAAAAAUGUUAUAAAAAUGCUUUAUAAUUACGUUAUAGUCUGCAAAAUAAUAUGAGAAGUAAUACGUAGAUUGUUGUGGAAUUGAAUAUGUCUCAAAUUGGCGAUGAGGUAAUGCAAAUUCGCUAUUCCUACCUUUCAAAGUUUUAUGUUCGAAACGAAAGCGCUGAAUGUUUUCAGAAUUAAAUGCUUGACUUUUGAAUUAAUUAUCUUUAUUAUUGUGAUUUAAACCUUAAAGUGUUUAAAGUUGAAGUAAGCUAUUUACCAACUGAAUAAUUUGUAUUUUAUUUGAGAAUAUCACUACAAAUGAUUAAUGAGUUUUCUUGGACCGCCUCCAAACAAAUUUGUUUCAUAAGUAAACCAAAUGACAAAAUCAUCUAUGCGAGUUAUCUUUCAAAAAUAAUAUAACCUGUAAUAAUGAGACUUUUCGCAGUUGCGAUUAAUUCAAUACUUAUU